AAGAAAAAAAAGAGAAUAAGCUAGAAUAAGAUGAUAUCAAGAUCAAAAGUUGAGCAUAUUGUAUCUUUGAUAUUUAACGGAGUGAAUAUCAUUUUAUAUGCACUGGUAGUUGUAGCUGUCAUUUUCAAAUGCAUCAAAGGCAAUUUCGCAGAUAUUGUCAUGGGAAUAUAUGGCAUAGUUAUGGCCGCUCUUAUGAUUGUGAACGAGCUACAAGAAUUUGAAUUUUCAUAUCAUUACUUUUAUUUCCUUUCUACGUAUAGAGGAAGGGGGUUCCUAAUGGUGUUCUUUGGAUGCCUUGUAUUAGACACUGGCAUUGUGAAUAUAGUUGUUGGGACAUUGGUGUUAGCAGCAGGUCUUUUAUACAUUAUUCUAUCAUUUACAUCAAACUUUCCACCGCCAAACCCUAUUACAAUUAACUGGAGAAACUGGAAUGACUUUUCGGCUGAGGGCUUAGAUUUACCUCAUCAUAGAGGAGCUAAUGAUACAGUGGUGGUAAGGCUGAGUAGCUAUUUUAACUUUAUUUUAUGUCUUAAAACUGUUUAUAGAGUGAAAUGCAUGAGCGCUUAAAAUCGCCAGCACCUAUCGCACAUAAUCACCCAGUUAGUCUUAACGAUAUGAUUGAUCCAGAAAAGAAGCCCAUGAAGCAGCAACAACAAAAAAGACGAUGAUAAAUACAAUUUCCUUUGUUUCUAUUCAACUCUGACUACAGUCUGGAUGUUUUUUCUUGCUAUAUUCUAUUUGGAGAAAAGGGCAUAGAUAGCACCAUUUUCUCUUGUAAAUAUGACACACAAAUACCUUAACAUGUAUUUAGUAUUAUCUACUUUAAUGCUCUUUGCUCUUCAUUUGAUUUACUGAAAAUAAAAAAACACAAUAGUUAUUCUGAUGAAGCGUU